GAUGUCAAAGUGUCUAUAUAAUGAUGCUGCAUUAGGCGGGAGAUCCUUCACUCUCGUUGUUUUCUCCAAGGACCUCCUGUCUGUGUUUCAGCACCAUGGUCAGCCUUCGGACUCUCCUCCUCAUCGUCACCUGCUGCUGUGCUUACCUGUGGUGCGCUCGUGCUGAUGAAGACUCCUCUCUCGAGACGCGCUCGUUGGAUUUCGCCCUGAAAACACAGCAGGAGAAAGACCUGAUCGACGCGUUGCAGGAAGUUUUGGAAAAGUUGAGAAACAAAGAUAUGCCUUUGGAGAAGAAGCUUGGGUGGUUGCCUUCUUGUGACGCAGGGGAGCCGUGCGCCGUGCGCAAAGGCGCGCGUAUUGGGACGCUCUGCAGCUGUCCUCGAGGGACUGCCUGCAACUUUUACGUGCUAAAAUGUUUAUAAAGUAGAAAUGACAGAUGAUUUGUUGGGUUGGAGAAUAGAAUAUAAGAUGCGAAAUUUAGUUAAGUCUUGUUGAUUUCUAUGUAUCUUUUUGUGUUUGUUGAUUUUCUAAAAAUGCAGUCGUGGUCAUAAAUGUGUAUAUUAGCCCUUUUAAGUCUGUUAUGGGGAAAACGGAAUUGAAUGUGUUUGUAACA